AUGGGCUCCGAAAUGGAUACUUUCGCGGCCCGCCUGGCUAGCUUCGACAUAGUGCUCAAGCCAGAGAAGCGCAGGUCUUCCGGCAUAAAGACAGCCAAAGCGAUUAGCUGGCCGCACCAGCGCCCUUCUCCAGCCGAGUUGGCGCACGCUGGAUUCUAUUACAAACCAUACGAGACCAAUCCCGACAAUACAACAUGUUUCGAAUGCCACCGGGCGUUGGAUGGCUGGGAGGAAGAUGAUAAUCCUGUGACGGAGCAUCUCAAACAUGCGCCAGACUGUGGAUGGGCCAUCAUGAUGGAUAUUCAACAGAGCAGCUCCAACCCUUCCUCCAUUGAGGACCCUACGGGCGACCGAAUUACACAAGCACGGCUGGCGACAUUUGGCUCGGCCUGGCCACACGACGGAAAGAAGGGCUGGCUAUGCCAGUCAGAGAAGAUGGUUGAAGGCGGAUGGUAUUUCUGCCCGACAGAUGAGAGCGACGAUUUGGCUAGCUGUGCCUAUUGUAAGUUGUCUUUGGAUGGUUGGGAGCCCAAGGACGACCCAUUUGACGAACACUACCGCCGCUCCUCCGAUUGUUCAUUCUUUGUCUUCGCGCAGCCUCCAGGAAAGAAAAGCAAAGGCUCUCGUGCUAAGAAACCCCGAGUUUCCAAGGCCUCCUCCCGCCUCUCAACUCAAUCCGUUGGCACAGUUACAUCCGAAGCGCCAGAUGCAGACUUGGAUGACUCGAUGGACCAGAGCAUCAUAUCCCAGGCCGCCACCAAAACUAAAUCCACAAAGAAGACAUCUAAAAGCAAAUCGAAGCGGACCAAGAGCAAAAAGGAAGAACCAGUGGAGAUUGAAAGCCAAAUUCAAGCCAAUAUCGAAGAACCUGUUCAACUGGAGUCCCCGAAACCCAAACGCGCAGGCAGGGGGAAGAAAAGACCCAGCGAGGACACCAAGGAUGAACCGGAGUUGAUCGCCCCAGAAGAAAAAGAGACGUCGCAGCCGCCAGUUGAGCCACCAGCGAAGCGACGGGCCACCAAAACACGGAGUAGCAGCAUUGUUCGCAACUACAACUACGAACUUAGCGAUUCUGCGAUGGCUGAUGCAGUGCCUGGGGAUACCGAUAUUUCGGAAGAAGAAGCAAGGAGAGGUCGCAAGCUAACGAAAAAGAGAGCAUCCAAGACCCGCAAGGUUUCUGAUGUGCCUAGUGCAUCAAAAUCAUCGUCAAACCCUGGGGGGCCUCGUGAAUCGGAGAUCGAUGCUCAAAUCGAGGCAGGCCUUGAAACUGAUAUCCCCACACCCGUUGAGCCCGAACCCGAGGCCGAGACAGAACAACCGAGAGCAUCGAAGAAGUCUAAACCAAGCAAAAAGUCCAAGGCAGUAGCUCGAUCCUCGGAGCCGACCGCACAGGAUGAAAGAGUGGAUGCCGGUGACAGUGAGGAAUCGCAGGCACCCGAGCCGUCAGCUCCAAAGACGAAGGCAGCGAAAGGAUCCAAGAAAAAGGGGACCAAAAAAGCAAAGACCGAAGAAACAAGAAAAACACAGUCACCAGAGCCUCGAGAAUCCCUAAGCCGCAAGUCUGCCGAUGUUGGGGACGAUUCAGGGCGUCAUGAUUCGUUUAUAUCCGUCGAAAUUCCCACUAAGGAGCCCGAGUCUGUACCAGAGCCCGAAGAACCAGUAGCCAAGGCUGAAACAAAGAAGAGCUCCAAGAAGAAGGAUGCUACGUCAACCAAAGAGAAAAAAUCCAAGAAGUCCGAGAAAAGGAAGGAGCAGCCUCCCAUUCCUGAACCCCCAGUCGAGGAACAUCAUGUUGAAAUUUCGGCUCUAGAGCAGGAUGAUGAAUUUGAAACUGCGGAUGAUUUGCCUGAUCAGCUUGAAAUGGUCAACCUUCCUCAGGACACUUCUCCCACUCCACGAAAACAUUUCCACGAGCCACAAUUGCGUCAGACGACGCCUAGUUUACCACCGAAGACUAUCAAACGAUACAGCGAUAUCCCAGACGAAGAGCACCUUGCGGAGAACCUUACACAAAGUCAAGGCUCCUCUAGUGGAGUGCACAGGUCUCGGCGGAGUUCCAAACGGUCUAACCGGGCAGUCUCGCCCCUUCCACCACCUCAUCAAAGCACUCCAUCGCUAUCACCUCAAUCAUCAGACGCUGAAAACCGGCCUCCAUCAUCACGACCCUCGGCAUCCCGCCCACCUGUCCAACCGACACCCAAACAGCCUGAGUUCCGAGUCCCUCUGGCAACCAGCACUCCAUCACCAUCUAAACGUAAUGCCAAUGGAGGAUUCGGACCUUCCAUCCAUCCAUGGACGCCAGUGGAUAUUGAUGAACUAAUUUUCGGAGACGCCAGCGACAAGGAAAAUGCAGAUCUCUCUGGACUUUUCAAAGGCGCGAAAGGCGGGCUGACUAGCCCAGAGAAAAAAAUGACCGUCCAAGAAUGGAUCUCUUGGAAUGCCAAGAACGGCGAAGAACGAUUGAAGAGAGAGUGUGAGCGACUUGUCAGUCAAUUUGAGAAGGAGGGUGGCCGAGCAAUGCGGCGACUCGAAGCUAUCGAGUGCAUCGACUAA